UGCCACUUUGCAAAACUUUGCUUUGUCAAAGCAAUGGUCAAACGUUGAACUCUGCCGGGCUUGCCGAUGAUGGUCUCCUGACUCCUGUCCAAAUCCCUGACUUUCUAGGUCCCCUGAGGUAUUUGCUAAUGUCACCAAGCUUACUGCAAUAACAGUUUUAGUCUUGUUCUUGUGCAACCUCAGGUAUUUCUCCCCAAAGUCGAACUAUUUCGCAGAUCGAAUCACGAUGGCUACCCAUCAUACACCACCAUCACAGAAGUCACUGGUACCACCCCCAGAUACAGCCCUAGUCCCUCGACACACCUCACAAUCUGAUUAUCGCAUGGGGGAUCUGGAGCUAGGCCGCGACGCUUUUCUCACUGAUUUGAGAAGCUAUCUGCAGGUCCCGUUCGUUUCCCUAGCGAAGUGUGUUGAUGCCGUGCCUUCCCAGCAGCGUCUGGAGGAGAUGCGCGAUCACAUAAUUCGGAGCAAGAUUCUCACCGACGACGGCCUGAAAUGGAAGGACUUCAUUCGACCUGCGAACUCGAAGAGGUUCGAAAAGGUGGAACCCAUUGAUCUCAAGCUCAUCCUCUCCGAAAAGCCGCAUUUAUCUGCUAUGGGCGACGUACCCGACAGUGGUAGACUGUCUGUCUUCCUUCCCGCACAAUCGGGCAUUGUUGGGCGAAAGGAUGCACAGAUCGCACAGAGAGUCCACGCGCGCAUUGUUUUUGAUGAUGGUGGAGUCGCCAUCAAGGAUGUGAUCUCUUUGGCCGACACCCUGAGAUGCUUGUCUGGCGGACUGAAGGGCCUAUAUUAUUUGCAUAAGGCAGGUUGGAUCCAUGGCGAUUUCAGCGUCGGGAACGUGAUUUGGGUCGUCGGCGACAACGGGGGUAUAGGCAAACUGGGUGACUUCGAGUACGCGCAAGAGAUAGAUCCAAACACUUAUCAUGACGUUCGAACGGGAACAAUCCAUUUCAUGGCGAUAGAAGUUGAACAUCAGCAAUACCUUUUCCAAACCCUAGCUCCCCCUCCGCCUCCUGAUGCAGAUGUCCUGCCCCUCCCUCCAUUCCGCAUGAACUUCCUGCACGACAUCGAAUCUGUAUGGCGGGCAUACACGUGGAUCUUCUUUUAUCACACGGACACCAUCACGGCGAACUCCAACGAUUCUUUUGAUGUAGAUGCGCAGUUGAGACAAUACCAGCUAGCGUUCCCUGGUGCGAUUUGCCAAGGAACACGCCAGAACUUCUUCACUCUCACCACAGAACUUCACAACACCUGCAGAUCUAUCCUUUCAGAUAGAUGCUUUAAGGUUUGCAAGAAUAUUGCGCAGUUUGCAUAUACUCUUCAAGCCAGUUAUGAAAAGGCAGAGAAAAAGUACCCCUCGCUCAUGCUUGAUGACUCCCUUCUGGAAGAUAUGCAUGCAAAAGCCGCAGAAUAUCUCGAUGAUGCGCAAAAAGAAGCCGGCGAUAUCAAACUUUGUCGGCUCCUCGACCUCCGCAAGCAGAAGAGGCCCCGAGAAGAAGGUGAAACGUUGCCUAUGCCAAGUAAUGCAGAGAAGAGGAUCCGAUGCGGUUGAUGAUAAAGACGAGAAGAUGCUAGACCGAGUAUGACUCACACUUGCGAUCGCGUCAUUAUCAGAUGUGCUUGCAAAAUAUCCUCCAAGCCUUUCACAUCUCACCACCAUCCACCCUAUUUUCCUGACGGUCAGGUUGCCAACUGCAGUCUGCGAUCAUGCUCUCCAGCUUUCUGACUAGCCAGCA